UCCCUCCUCGCCCCCCUCCCCUUCCCCUCGCAUCCUUGGAAGCAACAAUUAAGCAGCUCUGGGAUAAAACACACAGCCCGCGGGAGCACGGGGGCAUUGCUUCAAGAGAUGGCAAGGCAGGCAGCUGCACCCCUCCUCCCCGGAGUCCUCCUCCUCCUCUCCAUCCUCCCGGCUACUCAGCAAGGAGGGGUUCCUGGUGCUAUCCCGGGAGGGGGAGUCCCAGGAGGAGGCUUUUUCCCAGGUGCUGGAGUUGGAGGUUUGGGAGCAGGACUCGGGGCUGCAGGGAAACCUCCCAAACCAGGGGUCGGAGGACUUGGGGGGGUCGGAGGACUUGGGGGACUUGGCCCCCUUGGUCUGCAGCCAGGUGCUGCGGGUCUGUUCCCCGGAGCUGCCUUCCCCGGGGGGGUGUUCCCGGGAGCCGCCUCGGCCGCGGCGCUCAAGGCUGCUGCAAAAGCUGGUGCUGGCAUUGGAGGCGUGGGUGGAAUUGGUGGUCCUGGUGGCCUCGGGGUCUCCACAGGUGCCGUGGUACCGGGCGCGGUGCAGCCCGGCCUUGGCGCGGCAGGGAAACCCCCUAAAAUACCAGGUGCUGGGAUUCCUGGAGCCUUUCCGGGUGGUGUGCUCCCUGGCGCAGGUGUUCGCUUCCCUGGCGUGGGAGUACUGCCUGGAGUCCCCACUGGAGCUGGAGUCAAACCUAAAGCCCCAGGAGCUGGAGCCUUUGGAGGAAUCCCUGGACUGGGAGGUUUUGGAGGUCAGCAGCCCGGUGUCCCUCUGGGUUAUCCCAUCAAAGCUCCUAAGCUCCCAGGUGGCUAUGGACUGCCCUACACCAAUGGCCUCAGGCCCGGCGGGAUAGGAGCCGGCCUCCUGGCAGGAAAGGCAGGAUACCCCACCGGGACAGGGGUAGGAGCACAGGCGGCAGCAGCGAAGGCAGCAGCAAAACUUGGAGCCGGUGUCCUGCCCGGUGUUGGUGGAAUCCCGGGAGUUGCACCCGGUGUCGGCAUCGGCGGUGUCCCAGGAGCUGGAGUCGGAGGACCGGCAGCGGCGGCAGCAGCGGCGAAGGCAGCGGCAAAGGCGGGAGCUUUUGGUGCAGGGGCAGUGCCCGGAGUCGGAGGUGUCCCUGGCUUGGUCCCCGGUGUCGGAGGUGUGCCCGGGGCAGUGCCCGGUGUCGGAGGUGUGCCCGGGGUGGCAGGGGUGCCGUCGGCAGCAGCAGCAGCAAAGGCAGCUAAGUACGGCGCUGGAGUUCCCGGUGUCGGUGUGGGUGGCGUCCCCGGCCUCGUGCCCGGAGUCGGAGGUGUCCCUGGCUUGGUCCCCGGUGUCGGAGGUGUGCCCGGGGCAGUGCCCGGUGUCGGAGGUGUGCCCGGGGUGGCAGGGGUGCCGUCGGCAGCAGCAGCAGCAAAGGCAGCUAAGUACGGCGCUGGAGUUCCCGGUGUCGGUGUGGGUGGCGUCCCCGGCCUCGUGCCCGGAGUCGGAGGUGUCCCUGGCUUGGUCCCCGGUGUCGGAGGUGUGCCCGGGGCAGUGCCCGGUGUCGGAGGUGUGCCCGGGGUGGCAGGGGUGCCGUCGGCAGCAGCAGCAGCAAAGGCAGCUAAGUACGGCGCUGGAGUUCCCGGUGUCGGUGUGGGUGGCGUCCCCGGCCUCGUGCCCGGAGUCGGAGGUGUCCCUGGCUUGGUCCCCGGUGUCGGAGGUGUGCCCGGGGCAGUGCCCGGUGUCGGAGGUGUGCCCGGGGUGGCAGGGGUGCCGUCGGCAGCAGCAGCAGCAAAGGCAGCUAAGUACGGCGCUGGAGUUCCCGGUGUCGGUGUGGGUGGCGUCCCCGGCCUCGUGCCCGGAGUCGGAGGUGUCCCUGGCUUGGUCCCCGGUGUCGGAGGUGUGCCCGGGGCAGUGCCCGGUGUCGGAGGUGUGCCCGGGGUGGCAGGGGUGCCGUCGGCAGCAGCAGCAGCAAAGGCAGCUAAGUACGGCGCUGGAGUUCCCGGUGUCGGUGUGGGUGGCGUCCCCGGCCUCGUGCCCGGAGUCGGAGGUGUCCCUGGCUUGGUCCCCGGUGUCGGAGGUGUGCCCGGGGCAGUGCCCGGUGUCGGAGGUGUGCCCGGGGUGGCAGGGGUGCCGUCGGCAGCAGCAGCAGCAAAGGCAGCUAAGUACGGAGCUGGCGUUCCUGGAAUCGCUGGCGUUCCUGGCGUUCCUGGUGUUCCUGGAGUUCCUGGUGUUCCUGGCGUGCCUGGGGUUCCUGGUGCUGUGCCCGGUGUUGGAGUGGGUGGCCCGGCAGCAGCGGCCGCAGCCAAGGCUGCAGCGAAAGCAGCGGCGAUCGGAGCAGGACGCGUGCCUGGUGUUGGCAUUCCCGGAGUGGGUGUUCCCGGUGUUGGUGUUCCCGGUGUUGGUGUUCCCGGAGUGGGUGUACCAGGUGUUGGUGUGCCCGGUCUGGUGCCUGGGGUCGGCGUUCCAGGAGGUCCGGCAGCCGCUGCCAAAGCAGCCGCCAAAGCAGCCAAGUAUGGAGCAGGUGGCCUGGCUCCUGGCGUGGGUGGCCUGGCUCCUGGCGUGGGUGGCCUGGUUCCUGGAGUAGGUGGCCUGGUUCCUGGAGUAGGUGGCCUGGUUCCUGGUGUUGGAGGUGUCCCAGGUGUUGGAGGUCCAGCAGCAGCGGCCAAAGCAGCAGCCAAGGCAGCCAAAUUCGGUGCUGGGGUUGGAGGGGUGCCAGGGGUGGUGCCUGGCGUGGGCGGAGUGCCCGGAGUGACACCCGGCUUGGUGCCAGGGGUGGGAGUACCUGGAACUGGCAUCCUUCCCGGGGCAGGCAUCCCCCAAGUAGGGGUGCAGCCUGGUGCUAAACCUCCCAAAUUCGGUGUCCCUGGGGUUGGAGUCCCAGGAGUUGGUGGCCUCCCAGGUGGCCUUGGAGUCGGUGGGCUUGGAGUUGGUGGCCUCGGAGCUGCUGGGAAACCUCCCAAGCCAGGCGCUGGAGUUCCCGGCUUCGGCGUAUCCCCGGUGUUUCCAGGUGGGGUCGGCGGCCUGGGAUUCGGUGGGAAGCCCCCCAAGCCCUACGGAGGAGCUCUGGGUGCCCUGGGCUUUCGAGGGCCCGGCUGCGCGGCAGGGAAGUACUGCGGCAGGAAGCGGAAGUAGCGCUCCGGCAGCGAUCACCUCAUGAACUUUGGUGCUACUGCAUGGUCCAGAAUGUAAAUCCGAAGCAAAGCUGAGACACCCUCUCCUCGAGCCCCGGACCCCCCCGUCCAGCCCGGGGCCGUGCCGGCCCCGCGUUCCCCGGAGGGACCGCGCGUUCUCCGGCGGCGCCCGGCCCCGCCGCCCCUCGGUCCCGGCAGGGAGCGCGGAAUAAACUGCGGGGAGCAGCCGUCCCCCUUGGUGCUAUCGCUCUCUGCGGGAUUCGGGGGCGCUGGGCUGUCCCUCCCAGCCCCGGAGCUGACCCCGGGGGCACAGGAUGAGGGGCCCCCGCAUUGGAGGCAGGGA